AGGACGUCACUAUGCCCGUUUGUGUACCGAAAUACCUAUAAGAUUAAAGUGAUUUAAUUGUUUAAAAAGUGAAACGUAUUUUCAUUUAUCAAACUCCUGAGUCGUUAAAGCUCAGAAGUUGGAUAAAUCGGUGUUGUUUUUACACGGAUUGGACUUCACGCACCACAAAACGUUGGGAAGAAUGCCCAGGCUUGGACUUCGACAUAGCCCUGAGCCACCAAGGAGCCGCAGCCGCUCCCGAGGUGUGACACCGAGACGCAGCCGUUCUCGGGAGCGCCGCAGCACCCAGUAUGAUGAUGGUGAGCCCCACCGGAGGCGGUCGAAACGGUCGCGCCGGUCAAAACGUCGCCGACGUGACAAGAGCCACUCCCGCAGCCGCAGCCGCAUGGGGAGCAGCAGCGCGUCACCGCAUAAUAGACGCGAGAACCAAGGAGCAGAUACAAGGUAUUUGGAAACUCAAACAAAGUGUUUAGAAGGUCUUGUAAAUGUUUUAAAGAACUUUAAAAAUACAAAUGAACGUGAUAAAUUCCCUGUGCUGCAUAACGUGAUUCCUGAAUUUGACCCAUUGUGCAAAGAACAAUCGAUUGAUGUUUGGCUUCAUAAAAUAGAAGAGUGCGCUAAGAUUUACGGUUGGGAUGAAUCACAGAUCACCCACUAUGCGUUACCCAAGUUGACCGGCGUUGCGAAGAGUUGGUACCAAGGAUUACCUAGUCUAAUGUUUUCAUGGCCCGAGUGGCAGACUAAGUUAAGAGAAACAUUUCCAUCUAGAAUUAACUAUGCAGAGAUUUUGACUGACAUGUUAGGUAGAAAAGUUCGCUAUGGGGAGUCACUAGAAAUGUACUAUUACUCAAAAAUCAAUUUGCUUAAUAGGUGCGAAAUAACAGGGCAACGGGCUGUUGAUUGUUUGAUUUAUGGAAUAGAGGAUAGGAGUGUAAAACUAGGAGCACAAGCAGCAGAGUUCACGGAACCUGAGCAGCUACUAAAAUUUUUGAAAACUGUUAAAGUUGGACAAGAUAGGAACAAUACGGAUCAAAAUAAAUCAAAGGAUAAAGAUAGGCGCGCCUACCUCUCAAAUAACUCUAAUCCUACAAAUAACAAUCCUAAAACUAGUACACCUACGCAAAAAUCCAAUUACAGUCGUGUCACAUGUUAUAAUUGCAAUGAAAUUGGACACCCUUAUUUCCGCUGUACAAAACCAAAAGUACAAUGUACAACAUGUAAUUUGCGAGGCCACGUUGCCACGGACUGCAAGACUACUAUAACUAACGCGGAUAAUAAAACAAAAUCGGUAUUACAAAUUGAAAACAAUGGUGAUACUAGUUCGAAAUACAAGAUGCCGGUUAAGAUUAAUGGAAUGAUUUUGAACUGCCACGUUGAUUUAGGUAGUGAAGGUACUCUUAUCCGUGUCAGUGAUGCAAAGCGAUUGAAUUUAGAAUGGAAACCUGUUGGAGGUCCAUUGCUUAGGGGUAUAGGUAAUGUGCCAUACUGUCCUCUGGGUGUAAUUUUUGCAACUGUGGAAGUACAGGGGGUAACUGAGAGUGAAGUUGAAAUACUUGUUGUCGACGAUAGUUUAAUUAACUGUCCGGUGCUACUGGGUCACACUUAUACAGAAAGACCAACCAUUAACAUCACAAAAACAGACUCUGACGUCAUAAUAAAAAAAGUGAAUAAGACUCAAUACGAAAAAUGCGAAUUAAUUUGCGCAAGAGAAAUUAUAAUAAAACCAAGUGAAAUCAACACUGUUUCUGUAAAAUGUGCGUAUAAUUUUUCAGGGACUGUUUAUGUUAAUGGUUCAGUUAGGGGUUGCAUAGAUAAGUCUUAUUACUUUCUCCCAGGGGAAUAUGACGUAAAGCAAGGCUUAAGUAGUAUUCUGGUGCAAAAUGUAAGUAACAAUGAUAUAAUUUUCAAAUGUGGUGACUUACUAACGCGCAGUAGACGUCUUGAUCGAACAUACCAAGUAAACAAAGUUGACUGCUGCUUUGACGAGAUAUCAGAUAAAUCAUCAAUUAAAUGCGGAAAUCAAGUCACAACCACACAAAAAGAAACUAUUAAAGAUUUACUCGAUAAAUACUCGUCAUGCUUUUCAACUGGCUUGAGUGACUUGGGGUUUACAACCGAAACUGAAAUGGUGAUUGAUCUGAUAGACGCGGAGCCGGUCGUUUACCGACCAUAUAGGAUGUCACAAUCGGAGCGCGAAAAGGUGAGGGUCAUGGUUGACGAUAUGUUGCAAAAUAAAAUCAUACGAGAAUCUAACUCGCCAUAUAUGCUAGCCCUAUCUUAUUAG